CCACUUCCGCUCUCCUCUGGGCCGGAUCCAAAGCCCUGAAAGAUGCACAGACUCUCCCAGAUGUAUGGAAACGCAUUAACCCCUCCGCUCCCAAGAGGGACAGCUGCCUCGGAUCGGAGGGGGGGAAGUGCAGCAGCGGCGGUGAGGGGGUUAAGACGCUCCUGUUGCAAGAGGAGGAAGGAGAGACUGCACACAGAGAAGAGACGCUUUCCAGAGGGAAGUACAUAGACUUUGUGCAGGGUGAGCCUGAGAGGUGGGAGGGUCACCAGGAAGCGAGCAGCAACCGGGGUGACAGGAAGGAGAGAGAGGAAAACCAGAAGCGAGGGACUGAUAGCCGAACAUGCAGAGGCUCGCGGAAAGAUGGAGGAAAGGGCAGGAGCAGAUUUCCUACUCACCCCCAGAGAGCCCGGGGCCAAACUGUGCCACGCCAUCCCCCUCCCUUCUCCAUGUCUCGGGGCCACAAGCUUACAAGAUGGAAGAGGAGCCCGUCAGGCUGCCAGCACACCUGCGUCUCCCUCCUUCACAAUGGUCCCGAGAGGAUGUGUCUCAGUGGCUGCGUUGGGCAGAGAAUGAAUUCUCCCUUCACCACAUUGAGAAUAACACCUUUGAGAUGAAUGGGAAGGCGCUGCUUCUCCUGAGGAAGGAAGACUUCCGAUACCGCUGUCAGCACUCAGGUGACGUCUUGUACGAAGUUCUGCAGCAAAUCCUACGUCGUAGGAAACUGCGAGCAGUGCACCCGUCUGUUUUUCACACUGGAAAUUCUCUUCAUGGCCAGCCUGAGCUAAUGAUGGCCCACAACCACCAAGAAGACCAUAUCCAACACCGACCUCCAAGAGCCCACUCUGAAGUCCUUCCACAGAACACCCCAACUAUAGAGCUACGACAUCGAUCUCUAUCCCCUCUACCCACUAACCACCAUGCCUCGCCAGAUCCUGAGCCCCGCCCACUCCGCUCACCGCUGGAGAGCAGCGUACGCCGCCCCUCCCCUGCAGAACGUCUCCACCGCCUGCACAGUGAAAGCAACCACCACAAUCAUGAUGCCUACCCUUUAUCAGUUUCCCCAGCUGAGGCCAAUCACUGCCCCACUGAAAUGCAGCCAAAACCCAGCAGCCCCCGGCAGGAAAACCCACGGGUUAUUCAGCUUAUGCCCAGCCCUAUCAUGCACCCCCUGCUUCUUAACCCACGUCAUACCUUGGAGUUCAAACAGCCGCGGCUGGGCGUGGAAGAUGGUCCGCAGAGAGAAGGGAAGCCUAUGAAUCUGUCACACCGUGAGGAGAUGGCAUUCAUGAAUCAUUUGAUGGUGUCUAUGUCUCCACCUGAGGGACAGACCAUGCCCAUAGGCAGAAUAGCAGACUGCCGGCUACUCUGGGAUUAUGUGUACCAGCUCCUGUCCGACACCAGAUAUGAGAACUUCAUCCGCUGGGAAGAUAAGGAGUCGAUGGUUUUCAGAAUCAUGGACCCCAACGGCUUGGCGAGAUUGUGGGGGAAUCAUAAGAACAGAACGAACAUGACAUAUGAAAAGAUGUCACGGGCUCUCCGCCAUUACUACAAACUAAACAUAAUUCGUAAGGAGCCAGGACAGAGGUUACUGUUCAGGUUUAUGAAAACACCAGAAGAGAUAAUGAGUGGGAGGACGGACAGACUGGAGCACCUGGAAUCUCAGGAACUGGACGAGACAAUGUACCAGGAGGAUGAAUGUUGAGGUAGAGACCCCUCCUGAUAAGGACAGAUCCUGCCCAGUAGCUGGCCUGCCUGGAGUCACCAAAGGGCUGGAGGUCGAUGCACUGAAGGCCCCACCCUGACUAUGCGCAGCAAAUAUAUGCCCUCCCUCUGAAAAAUGGACACUGUGGCUGCCACUGGGGGUAACUUCUCCAGGCGCAGCUGGAUUCUGGUACUCUCAGGGAGGGAUGCGGUUCGGCACCUGUCAAGUCCCUUUGCUUUAAAGAGGUUUGUCCUGACCUGUUUCUGCAGAACUCAUUUUUGAAAGUAUUUGCACUGGAGAAUAUUACUGCGGAUGACGCACUGUGACCGUGAUGGCCGCAUUGGGACCCUUUUUCCGUGCGUUGCCCUCGCUUUUUUUUUUUUUUUUAAUGGACGUUUCUUUAAUCCUUUGCAUCACUUGUAAAUUGCACUAGAGACCUUUUAACUACAUAUCUUCUACUUCAUCUGUUUUAUCUGUGGCACCACCUGUCUUGAACUUGUGACAUCAUCGCUGGCGGACUACAACUAGGCCCACGCUCAUUCAGCAUUACUUCCUGUUUGCGAGCUCUGCCACUUCCUGUCAUUGCCACCUUCUCAGACACUUAUUUUUUCGUAUGGAAAAAAAGACAAUAAUACUACAAAUGUAUGUACGGGGUGGAUACAUGUUUCUGGCAAUGAAGGGAAUUUUUAUGUUUCUUAACAGUUUUUUUUUUUUCUUUUGCUUUUUUUGUUUUUUUGUGUAUUAAUUUUUUAACAAAUGAUUUGUUUGCAAAAAAAAUGAUGAAACACGAUUUUCCGGUGCCACUAAAUAUCCCGUCUGCUCUUUUCUUGUAUGUGUGAGGUUUGAGCCUUUGCCUGUUUUUUUACAUCAAAUAAAGGCCAGAAAACAGAUCUAAAUUACCUUUA